UGAUUUUGCACAACCGUUAGACAAUGCCAAACCUCCAUGUAUAGGAAAGUUCACUUUGUGCAACCAGCACAUACAAUUUAAGAUAUCUCCAAAUGCGUAUAUUUCACGUUCAAUGAAUGUUCGGAGAAAGAGGACAUCCGCAAGAGACCUGGGUUACUUUAACAAAUAUUGGGAAACACUAUCCCAAGGAAUUCGAAAUAUUCUCACAGGAACUUGGGAAGUUAUAUCUUACGAAGCCAUUUAUCGUGACUGUUAUAGACUAAUCCUUGGAGAAUAUGGAGAUAAGUUAUAUAGCAGUAUAAGAGAGCUUAUUGUUCAACACUUAGAAAAAGUUGCAUCAUUGAAAAUCGUGCCGGCUCUCCCAAUUUCAGAAGCUAAUAGUUCGCAAACAAAUUUCGCUAAUAUGAUCUUUUUAAAAAUAUUAAAAAAUGUUUGGGAGCGUCAUAAAGCUAACAUGCUCUCUUUAAGAGAUGUUGUAAUGUAUAUGGAUUAUUUAUACGCCAAUGCAGCAAAUGUUCCUCUUAUUUACGAACUUGGAUUGGAGCUUUUCAGAGAUAUAAUCGUCAAAUCUACAAAAUAUCCAAUUCAGACUCACCUUUUGAACACGUUUUUAUAUCAAAUCUUUUUAGAACGUGAAAAAGAGAUCAUAGAUCGUUCUAUAAUGAAAGCAAUAACAGAGAUGUUACUAGAAUUAACUGAUGAAAAUACGAAGGAUUCUGUUUAUAAUAUUGAUUUCGAAAGAUUAUUUUUGGAAAAGAGCUCCGAAUACUACCGAAUUGAAGGUCAUUUGCUUAACGUUUUAAACGAAGAACAGGAACGUGUAGAAUAUUAUCUUUCACAGACAAAAGGACCAAAAAUUAGGUGUAUUGUAAAAGAGGAACUCAUAUUAAAGCAACUUAAAACUGUAAUUGAG